AUGCCAAAAAACCCAGCCGUCAAACGUGCACGAGAGGAAGAGGGUCAUCAUGACAAUUCCUCUUCGGAAGAAGAUGACAGUUUUCAAGAUAAUGAAGCAUCUUCUUCUUGUAAAUCCGCUCUAUAUCCAUCAUUUAAUCAAUACAUGCAAAGUAUAUUUGAAUUAGGAUGUGAUGACAUGAAAGCAGAUAACAAAGAGAGUAUGAGCUUGUUUUCGCCCGUGGAUCUUUCUGACGUCAUUGUUCGAACUAGUACCAAAGAUUUUCAUUUGCAUCGAUUGAUGUUAUAUCGAUCGAGUUUUUUCCGAACAUUAUUGAAUUCAGAGCAUUGGAACCAACAUGCUGAAAUGGAGAAUGGUAAAAUGGUUGCAGAUUUGAGACAAGUCGAGAAGAACAUUAACACUGCGAAUGGUGAAACGAUCAGUGAAGAGAUAUUUUGUGAUGUUUUUAGAUAUCUUUACACAGAUUCCGUAUAUUGUUAUAUUCCAUGUCGUCUAAAAGAGUCCAAGGAAGAUCAAGAGAAAAGCAUUAAUAGCAUUUUGGAUCAAGUUCAUUUGGCUCGAUAUUUUGAUUUAAAACAAAUGGAAGAACAAAUUUUGUCAAAAUUAACUGGAACAUUUAAAUUAUACAUUCCAUUCCAAUUAGAGAUACCUAUAUCAGAGAGUGCUAUCAUUGAUUUUGCAUUUGAAUUAUGUAAACGCCACAAUAACGAAGAUUUAUCAGCUGUGACCAUGAAUUUUGUCGAGUUCAUUGCAAAACAGAAGAUCAUUCCAUUACAACAGAAACUUGUACUUGUGAAACGUCACAUUGAAAGUAUACAUGGGCGUGUAAAAACUUUCAAUGCCAAAAUUCUACAACCCUAUGCAAACACAAUUGAGUAUAUUAAGGCUGACUACAACACAAUCAUGAGCGAUGUUACAGAUGAAUCGUUACAUCCCUUACUCGUUGCUAUGGGAAUUCCUAACAAUGAGACCAAACAAAAAUUCAGGUUUUGCCAAGCCAUUGAAGGAAGUUUAUAUGCAAGUGAUGGCGAAGGAGAAGAAUUUUCUCUGUUCAAUGAACAGCUUUCACUUAUUUCUGAAUGUGGAGAACGAAGUUCUGCGUAUUGGUGGACCUUUUCACUCGAGUCUUCCCUUCCGUUCCAAGUGAAAGGUACAUGUUACAUUAAAUAUUCAAUCGGAGAUGAGAAUAAUACAGAGCAGCAUACCAUUCCAUUGAAUGAGCCGUUUACCUUGCAUGCAGCACAAUUUGAUAGUGGAGGUUGUUAUUUUACUGCACUGUUUGAUUUAAUGAAAGAUGAUGACGAUACAACAACCUCCAGAUUAAUGAAAGAUGAUGACGAUACAAAAGAAUGA